CUUAUCCAUUUCUACUCUAUCACAUUCCAUAUCUCUCUCUCUCUCUCUCUGAUCUCUCAAUCCAAUAUGAAGAAGAGUACUGCCCUAAAGAUCUGGUUCAUGUUGGCCAUGCUAAUUGCAAUGGUGAUCACUCUUUCUGCAAGAGCAGAGGAAGAACAAGUGUCCAUUGCCGAGGAUAUUGACGACGAAGAAGUUGAGACAGUUUCUUCGCUGGAAGGUCAAGGAGUCACAACUUCACUUCGAGGGGCCAGCCGGUUUCUCACGGAGAAGCCGCGUGCGGCAAUGACAUGCGACAAGUACCCCAGAGUUUGCCAUGCGAAGGGCAGCCCGGGGCCGGAUUGCUGCAAGAAGAAAUGUGUGAAUGUGAAGACGGACAAGCUCAACUGCGGCAUGUGCGGGAAGAAGUGCAAGUACUCGGAGAUUUGCUGCCAUGGAAAGUGUGUGAAUCCAUGGAAUGACAAAAACCACUGUGGAAGCUGCAACAACAAAUGCAAGAAGGGGAGUGCUUGUGCGUACGGGAUGUGCAGCUACGCUUAAAAACAUCAGCAAUAUAUAUAUAUAUAUACGUAUGUAUAUGUAUGUAUAUUGUCAAUUAAGAACGUUCAUUUAAUCAUAUGCUAGAGUAGAUUGAGUUUAAUUAAUUAUAUGUUGCCAAUAAAGGCAAGCCAUGCAUGAUCAGCCGUGGUUGGUAUAUAUAAUGUUGUUGGAACAACUGUUUGUUUAUUCAUGAUGGAUGUUAUGGUAGCAGUAUAUUUGGUUGAGAUCUAUUCUACAUAUGCUGUGUGAUACCCUCUGGAUACCAACAAAGCUAAUAUAUUCGUC